AACGAUAUCUUAACCGUCCACGUGGUGAAACAUAAGACCUGUUGCCGAUUUAAGUGUUGAAAAAAGAACCUCGUGUCGCCCCUUUCUUCCGCCGGCUAAUUUUGACGGUCCAAUAAGCCCAAAACACUCAUCUCCACCAUGCCCACUCUCUCUCUUUCGCGCCUCCUGUCACCCGUGCGCAUUUUAGCAACUCCCUCUCUCCCAUGUUUAUCCUGCGCCGUCCCCACCUCACACGCCAUCUCCGCUUCUCACGCAGUAACCGCGUCGCCUCCGUCGUCUCCUCCGCCGCCGCAGUUCGUCAGGACGCCACCCUCUGGACCCCAGCUCCCCUCUCUCUCGUCGAAUCUGCGGCUGAAUCGCUUUUCCACAUCUCGAUCGACAUUUCCAACUCCCCGGAUCUCGCAGCUUCUUACACGCGACCCGGUCAGUAUCUCCAGCUCCGCGUUCCUGAUGUCGAGAAGCCUUCGUUUCUGGCGAUCGCUUCUCCUCCUUCCUUCGCGGCUGCGAGCGGUGCGUUCGAGUUCUUGGUGAAGAGCAUCGCUGGGUCAACGGCGGAGAUUCUCUGCGGGUUGAAGAGAGGGGAGACCGUUGAGCUUAGCUCCGUGAUGGGUAAUGGUUUCGACGUCGAUCAGAUCGAUCCUCCUGGAGAAUAUCCCACGGUUUUGAUUUUCGCCACUGGAUCUGGAAUUAGUCCCAUCCGCUCACUAAUUGAGGCAGGAUUUGGCGCUGAUAGAAGAUCUGAUGUAAGACUCUAUUAUGGAGCUAGGAACCUGAAAAGAAUGGCUUAUCAGGAAAAGUUUGAAGAGUGGGAAUCAUCAGGUGUCAAAGUUGUGCCGGUGUUGUCACAGCCAGACGAUGGGUGGAGAGGGGAAACCGGAUAUGUGCAGGCUGCUUUCGCAAGGGCUAAGCAAGUUUCAGAUCCCUCGGCCACAGGAGUGGUGUUGUGCGGACAGAGACAAAUGGCUGAAGAGAUAACAGCAAUGCUUGUUGCCGAUGGAGUGUCAAAUGACAAGAUGCUCAAAAACUUUUGACAGAUAUAUUCUUUGCUACCAAAGCCCCCUCUAAUUCGUACACACAUCUAGAUUUUUGUAAUCCCUUAAGAUUAAUGAUAUGUAUUGUUUAUCACCACAACUUUAUUAUUUUUUUGAGAAAAAACAAAAAAGAUAAACACCACAACAUUCUUCCUAA